UAUUAUUUUAAAAAUAAAAAGUAAAACACAAAGUCAGAUAGAUGAGCGGUUAAAAUUCUCCCUCAUCUCCAUCGACUGGUCAAGCAGUCAAAGAACCAAAACCUGCGAAAAGUUUCUAAGCUGAACCCUCGAAGUGCCGGACAAAUCUCAAAAUACCCAUCAAUCGGAGUACCCUCAAGAACCGAAAUUGAUCCAAUUUUCGAAUACCCAAUGGCCCAAAAUCCAAGACCCACAACCAUUCUUGAAUCUCUAGGCGAAGAACUUAUCAGAAUCAUCACACCAGUAUCAAUCUGUAUGUUGUUAGUGGUCAUUUUGGUAACAAUCUUAAACGCGGACUCAUCUUCAUCAGAAGCAGUGACCUCCAUAGCCACCAUUGCUUACUCUGAAGCCACCUCAGACUCUUCGUGGGACAAAUUCGUAGGUGCCGUUUUGAACUCCCUUGUGUUUGUUGCUGUUGUCACUGUUGUCACGUUCGUUUUGGUCCUUCUUUUCUAUCUCAGAUGCACUGAGUUCUUGAAAAUCUACAUGGGUUUCUCUUCUUUUGUUGUGUUGGGGUUUAUGGGCGGUGAAAUUGCCUUGUUUCUGAUUCAAGACUUCAAUGUGCCCAUUGAUUCUAUCACAUUUCUUCUGGUUUUGUUCAAUUUUACUGUUGUUGGUGUCUUGGCUGUGUUCAUGUCAAAAAUGGCAAUUCUUGUCACACAAGCAUAUUUGGUUGUUAUUGGAAUGCUGGUUGCUUAUUGGUUUACAUUAUUGCCUGAAUGGACUACUUGGGUGCUAUUGGUUGCCAUGGCCUUGUAUGAUCUCGCUGCGGUUUUGUUGCCUGUUGGGCCAUUAAGGCUCUUGGUAGAGCUUGCAAUAUCUAGGGAUGAAGAGAUUCCUGCUUUGGUUUAUGAGGCUAGGCCAGUAACUUCUCAUGAUUCCAGUGGGGGUGUGCGUCAGAGGAGAGUUUGGAGAGAUAGGAGAAAUGAGGAUUCGAAUAAUGGGCCUCAUUCCAAUGAUAAUAUCAAUUCUGUUUUGGCGGAGAACGGAAAUUUUAGGUCAAACUCUAAUGUGAAUGCCAAUCAUACUUCACAUUCAAAUUCAAAUCCUGGUGAGUUUGGCAGUGGCCAUAAUGAUUCGAGUUUGGUUAGAGCCGAAGAGGGGCGAAUUCCGGAUAGGGAUCAAGAGCUUUCUGCGCCAUUACUAGAACGGAUAACAAAUGUUGAGCAGCGUGGGCGGGAAGAUGCUGUGGCAAGUGAAAGUUUGGUGCUGGAGGGUAUUGGAUUGGGGUCCUCUGGUUCAAUCAAGCUGGGAUUGGGAGACUUCAUCUUCUACAGCGUUUUGGUUGGGAGGGCAGCAAUGUAUGAUUUUAUGACAGUGUAUGCAUGUUAUCUUGCCAUUAUAGGUGGUCUGGGAAUUACUUUGAUGCUGCUGGCUUUGUAUCAAAAAGCUUUGCCAGCUCUUCCUGUGUCAAUAAUGCUCGGCGUCGUGUUUUAUAUAUUGACCCGGCUCUUGCUUGAAGUUUUUGUUGUACAAUGUUCUUUGAACCUCAUCAUGUUCUAGACAGAAAAAUUAUGUUGUAAAAGUUUGAUGGGCAGCUACACAACACAUGUAAAGCAUCAGAGUAUACUGUAUGAAACUGAUGAUUGAUUGCUGCAACUUGUAUUUUUCUGUGAAUUUGUUGCAUAUACAGAACCAGUAAGAGCUUU